CCGGUACCGGUCCGAGGCCCGGGGUCAUAGGUGACAUUUGGUACUCAUCUACUCAGACUUCUGAACCUCUACUCAAGUUUUUUUUUAAAUGAUGAAUGCUUGUUUAAAAAAAUCACGUAUUUAACUUUGACAGACAUUUAAUUUCCACAGCACUGUACGUUUCUGAAAAGCAGUCCACAUGACGUUUGUAUAAGUUUGCCAAAAAGAAGGUCGAGGCAACAAAACGGAUAAAUCAAGCACUCUGUCAGCAAACAGUUAAACUUAAAGGCAGCAGUUCUUUAAAUCUGAUAGCCCACAGCUAGCUGUUGGACAGUUUUCACUUAUCAUCCUCAUACUUCUGGAUUAAACAGUGAAGGUAAAUGAUGGAAAACAUGGCAGUCAAAAUCCAUCACAUGCAACUCAGAUUGAAUGAAAUGAUGUAAUUUUAAACUCCUGUCAUUGGCAAAGUCUUUAAUCUCAUGCAAAGGUCAUAUCUCCGUUUAAUUGGUGAUUCUAAAUGGGUCAUAGGUAAAUGUGCGAGCGACUGGUUUUCUGUCUGUCUUGGCCCUGCAACAGGCUGCCAACCUGUCUAGGGUGUACCCUGCCUAUCCCUGGGAUAGGAUCCAGCUAUUGCUGUGACUAAUCAAGUAAAAUUGGAAUAAAUCAAACACAACAAUAUAAAAGAUUAAAAGACAAAUUGUAAGAUUUAUAGCUGCGUCUGCUACAUUCUUUCCAUCAAAGUUAAAGACAGCUGGAUAAAGUGUAGCAAAGGACAGCAUCGGCACCUUUAACUUUGACCCCGUGUAUGGAGUAAUUACUGAUGUCUGUACUGUUGGAAUUUUUUUUUUCAUUUAGCUGAAUUCAUCUGAUAAAAUAUAUGAUUUGAAUAUUAGUAGAAGCAAACAACUACAGGAAUACCACAGGACGAUAAAAAUAGAAAAAUCCUAAUGCGUCUUUUUUGAAUCCCACAUAAUGAUUAAGAUCAGCUGUGGCUGGUUUUUAUUUAUAUUAGUGUUUGACCUUAAUAAUCCUCCUAGAGCAGCAAUCAAGUUGUGGUGACGCCAGAGCUUCCCAGUGUUACAUCAGAAGGUAUUACACAAGGCCUUGUUGGUGAGACAAAUACUCAAGGUUAUUCUUCUGCAAGUGGGAAACUCCCACAGCUUAGCAUCCCAACUGUCUGUCCAAAUAGACUUUUCCUCCGACUGAACCGUGCUUCCACAAGACACUUGUAACUGUGGGUACAUGUGAUCUCAGUGGAAAUGACAGUCUUCCCUUUUUUUGUUUUUUAUCUCCAAUCUCUCUUCCAGCCAGUCUGUCUCCGUGUCUAUUCCUCUCACUCUCUGAGGACCAUGUUCUUUCGAGCCUUUAAUACCAGUAAGCAGGAUUAUUGCAGCCACACUCAGGUCAUAACUCCCUGUUUAUCAACCAGAAAACACUCUCUAACCACACAUUCCUGCCAGGCCUUCAUGUAAGUGCUGCCACAGUGAUGAUGAAUUUCAGCUUAAUUUAUCUUUUUGUCCUGCACGGGCGAAAAAUCUGUUUAAACAGUAUUUUUAUGGUAAUUUGUUUGAGCCAUUAGAUAUUGCUUCAUUACAAACCACAAGAUAAUUACUGUGAUUGAUUGUUGUACAUGGUGUUCAAAAGCAAUUGGCAUUGAUAUGGUGCCAUAAUGCUUUCCACAUGUAUGUAAAGGCUUUCCAGAGACUUGUGGAAUGUGCCUGCAAGCCUUUGAAGUGAUGCUGACUCAUAAGCUGAAACUCACUGUCACAUUUAGCCUAUAUGUGUUCCAUGGUGUUAUGGUCAGGGCUCAGCAGAGGUCAUUUGCAUACGUGGAGAAGCAGUGGGUCAGCAGAGGCAACAAUAAGAGAUUUCGUAUGAUGCUACACGCUGGAAAAAAUAAUGCACAUGAGAUAAAAUAAGAUCAAAACUCUGUUAUGAGAUUGUUCGUCAAAUACAACUUACCACAUGCAAUCAUGUGGAAAAGAGCGUUUUCACACCACUCUAUGCAGUCCCAUGAAAAACUAAGUACGCCCUUUUUCCUUCUAUAGGAAAUAACAGGGCAAGUAGGAGCCAACUGCUGCUAACCAAAUACACUUGAUCAGCAAGUGUGAACACCCCUAUAAAAAGCAGAACUUCAUGGCAAUAUAAUUACAAAACGACUGAAAAAUAUGGGCGUCUGCAGAAAGGAACAUGUUAGCGCAGCUUUGCUUUGCAAACUUGCAUCUGAUAACCCUACAAGGUUUCUGCAUCAGUAUACUUUGGAGUGGUGGCCAUAAUGCACAGUACCACAUUUGGUAAAAACUAAAAGCAGCAUAUCAGCACCAACACUUUAUAGCAGGUGUCAAGCAUGGCGGUGGAGAGGUGAUGAUUUGGGUUUAUUCUGCAGACACAGGAUCUUGCAGUUACUAAGCUGAAGAUGAACUCAUCUGUUUACCAAAAUAUGCUCGAGUCAAACGUGAGGCCCUCUGUCUGACAGCUAAAAUGUGGCUGAAAUUGGCUCAUGCAAUAGGAAGAUGAUUUCCAAACACACCAGCAAAUCUACAACAACCCCGAAAAGGAAAAGGAGCAAUAGUCUGAACACCACAUACAGUCAUGCACAGCUGCAUCAUCCACUGUCUAGACUUUUGUACCCACAGAAACUCGACCGUUCAAGCAAAGCGCGGGUGCACAAAUUAUACCACGUUCCUACAUUUAACUGCAUUCAUAAAUUCACAUCUGCAACAAUUUCCUUCCCGAAACCUUUCCCAGCCGCAGAAACGAACCAUCAAAAUUAAAAUGUUACACAAAUUAGUUGCUGCACCAAGCACAUUUUUACAACACGUCAGUCCUUAUAUAUUUAGUACAAGUGCUUACUUCUCUUUCAUGGUUAUGUUAUUUUGUGAUAGCGUCAUAGCGAGCGACCAACUCUUAAUAUUUGUCCACUGAGUAUAACUAGAGAUGAUGAUGAGGAGCUGGUGUAAAAUAAAGAGAAAGAGAGAAAGAAAUGAUGCACAACAGUGUCUUAUGUUCAAACAGCUCAACAAUAUACACUACAGGUGAUGUCACUGGUGUGACAGUUUCACUUUAAUAGAUAAAAACAAUGGUUGCAAAACAUAUUUAUGAUUAAUAACACUGAUAACGGCUCUUUUGGGGUAGGGAUAGCUCAGUAGGUAGAGUGGUUGCCCCAUGAUCCACUGAAUCCACCGAACUGAUCUUGAGGUACCCCUGAGCGAGGUACUGUCCCUCCACACUGUUCUCCAGGCGCCCAAUGGCUGCCCACUUUCUUCACUGAGUGAAUGGGUUAAAUGCAGAGAGGAAUUUCCCCACGGGGAUCAAUAAAGUAUACUUUCUUUCUUUUGUGCAGUUUAUAAAUCAAGCAAGUAGGAGACACGAGAGAGAAAUCAAUUAGGUCUGAUAUAACUACUUUUCAUUUUAAGGCAAAACAAAAUGUCAAAAAGUGUUUUGGGAAUAUGGGAUUGGAUUCAUGUUGUCUUUAUUCUUGAUUUUCUUGUUUGAGAAUUCAUUUACUUGCUGAAUACAUUUAAUGUGCAUGUUCAGGCUUCUGCUACAGCACAGGAUCACAGUAGUAAAACAUGGCUCUGUUUGACUUUGUUAAGAAAGAUGUUUUGCUAUAUCUGCUGAGGUAGACAGAAGUAAGCAGUGGGACAGGAAGCUUCGGGUGACACAAAGGCCCACUACUGCCCCCUGGAGUAAACUACCAUCACGUUGCUCAUCAUACACACCAUGCUCCUUCAGUUAAUAACUGAAAGGCAGUGUUACGUAACAGGGAUCAACCAGCUUGUAAGUCAAUCAGUUUCUGAAUUAUGCUUCAGCUAUAUUUGAUACAAAAAUGAUCUUUAGUGCUUCAAAUUCAUUUAACUGGAUUUAUAGAUCUCCUUCUCUUGUAACUGCUUCUUUAGUGCUCUCUGCCAGGGUGAGUGCAGAUUAUUACAAUGGCAGGUCAUUCUGUAAUAAGAGGAUUAAUUUUUUUCUGUUUAUUGCUUUAUAUGGGAUUUCAGUCUCUUCUUGUCUCUUCUGUAUGGGAUUUCUGACUGCCUUUGUUGAAGCCACAACAAUCUGCUGUUAGUCGUUUCCAGUCUGUGCACUUAUUUUUUAUUCAUACGCCAUAGUUGAGUUGUUGAGUAAGAAUACUUGAGUAACAAUUUGGAGUAAAAUGCAGACAUUUUAGGCAUUAAAAGUUAAAUAAGGAUGCCUCCAAAAGUCAGUUAACUUCAUACUAGUCAUGGUAAAAAGAAAGCAUACCCUCUUUCAUUUCUUUAAGUUCUUUUAAAGGUUUUACAUACGAAGACAUCAUGAAAAAAAAAAGUUUUUACCAGGUCUUAAAAUGAGGUAAAUGAAGCCUGAGAUGAUCAACAACGUAUGACGUAUUGUGCUAUGUCAUGAUUUAUAACUAACCCAAAAUACAGAAGCAGUGUGUGGGGAAAAAAAACCCAUGACUCAGUUGCUUGUGGAACCACUUUUAGCAGCAGUAAGUUGAAGUAGUUGUUUUCUGUAUGACUUUAUCAGUGUCUCACAUGAUUUGGAGGAAUUUCAGCCGUCGCUUCUUUAGGGCAUCGCUUCAGUGUGUUGAGCUGUCCUGGCAGGACUCUCCACUUUAUACUGAAAAGCAGACAGAGAAGCGUCAGUCACAGCCAGAGCCACCUAGCCCCGCUCCAGGUGAGCAGCCUCUUCAGAUCUUGGGCCUAUGGGAGCAGUACUGUGACGCGACCACAGGCAGAUGGUACUAUGUCAACAGCAUUACCAAAGAAAGGUCCUGGAAACCUCCUCGCCGGGCCCGUGGCCAAUAUACCAACCAGGCCGGUCCAGGACAACCUCAGACGUUACCCAGGGACACCAGCCAUCUGUCACUAUCCCUUACUGCAGCAGGAAAUGGAACAACGCACAGGCUGUCACCUGAUUUCCUCUUUGGCAGCCACCGGAGAAAUGCUGACAAUGGCUGGCAGAUGAAACAGAGCAUGCAGCGUGCCGCCUCCUCUGACACCCUGAGCACGAUGGCAUUUAGUGACACCAGAACCCAGUGCGAUGAUUCUGCACCCCUGCAUGAUGUCAAGCAGCAACUCAACCACUCCCAGUCCAUGAUCCUGCCCGACAACAAGCUGGUCCAGCAGUGCAGAGAUUACUCCCGCAAUGUGACCAACAUCGUUGUGGAGCCUCCGUCUCCUGCGAGCUCGCCGGACAGUGAUGGCUGCACACCGGAGCUGGAGAAAGCGGGCCUGCUGAACAAGACAAAAAUUGCAGAAGGUGGCCGAAAACUGAGGAAAAAUUGGAGCCCUUCCUGGGUGGUGUUAGUGGGGAACAGUUUGGUUUUCUUCAAGGACCCCAAAUCACAGACACCUUCUAGUUGGAAACCGGGAAACAGUCGUCCUGAGAGCAGUGUGGAUUUAAGAGGAGCAAAACUGCACUGGGCCAACGAGCUGUCCAGCAAGAAGAACGUCUUCAAGUUGAGGACUGUGACAGGCAACGAGUUUCUUCUGCAGUCAGAGACGGACUCGCUGAUCAGAGAGUGGUACAGCACCAUCCAGAAUGUCAUCGACAGGCUGGACCGUGAGAAUCCGUUAGACAACGUCCUUCUGUACUCUCUGAGGAGGGCGGGCAGCGUGGAGAUGCUGGACCAAAGCGGUGACGAGGACGACAGGCGACCAUCUCUCCCUCGCUCGACGUCCAACCUGGAAAACACAGAGAGGAAAAGAGUGAAGACGCGGCUGAAGAAGCUGAUCCUAAAGAGACCUCCUCUACAGGCCCUGCAGGAGAAAGGGCUCAUUAAAGAUCAGGUGUUUGGAUGCAGUCUGGAGAUGCUCUGUGAGAGGGAGAGAAGCACCGUCCCUCGCUUCGUCAGACUUUGUACUGAAGCUGUGGAAAGGAGAGGUCUGGAGACCGACGGCAUCUACAGAGUAUCAGGAAACCUGGCUGUGAUACAGAAACUGCGCUUUCUGGUGAACCACGAGCGAGCGGUGACUACCGAUGGCCGUUACAUGUUCCCAGCGGAGUUGGUACAAGAGGAGAAGUUGAAUUUGGACGAGAGCGAGUGGGAGGACAUACAUGUCAUCACGGGAGCUUUGAAACUCUUCUUUCGCGAGCUUCCCGAGCCCCUCGUGCCGUACGGCUUCUUCACCGACAUUGUGGAGACAGUCAAAAUGUCAGACUAUAUGGACAAAAUCGAUCGCUUGAAGUGUCUGGUGCUCAACAUGCCUCCUCCAAACCACGACACGCUACAGUUCAUGUGCCGCCACCUCAAACGAGUGUUGGAGCAAUCUGAAACAAACAGAAUGACCACCCAGAACAUCGGCAUUGUGUUCGGGCCGACGCUGAUGCGCCCAGAGCGGGAUAACGGCAACAUGGCAGUGAACAUGGUUUACCAAAAUCAGGCAGUGGAGCUCAUCCUCACUGAAUUUGACCACAUCUUCGGAACGAGAGGCCUCUCUUGAUCUUUUGCUCCUUGACAUCAGACAAAAGCACAAGUUUUGGAGCAUUUGUCUUCCCUGCCUGUUGACUCAUAUGGUGUAAAAUGGAUUUCACAUCAAAAGAUAAUUACGGGUUAAAAAGAACCAGGACAGAAAGCUGCUAAUCAUGACAUCUGGCGUCCAUAUAAAGCCAUGCUAAAACAAUAAUAGUAAAACAAGCCAAUUUUAGCUCCAGUACUUGUGCCUUUGACUGCAGAUGUGGAGCCCAGCCCCGGUGAACUUCACUGCUGGAACAGACGCCUCCUUGUCACUUUUCCUUGAUGUUUCAGACUUGAUCCAGAUAAAUAAAAAGCCGUAAAAGCGAUAAAUCUUCUCCAGCCUGUCCUGCUAGCGUGUUUCAGUCGGUAAUAAUCGAGGAUUGGGAGGAGGAAUGUGUCUUAAGCUAGCACUGAAACAAAACUUGGCGAAACCAUCUCACUGUGAAAACACAUGCACCAGCACCUCUUCAAACAAGGAUGGACAGAUCCUGCCUGGAUAGACGUGCACAGGUGCCCACAUCUCCACCAUUUUUGCAGGGUUUAUUUGAAGGAAAAAAAAGUAAAAGCAUGAAUUCAGUGGCAGAAUGAAUGUGCCAACAAGGCAGAAAAGGUUCCUUUUUACCAAAUAGUACUUUGUAGUGUCAGAGCAACCCUUAUUUUACUAAUUUGAAUCUGUCUCCUAUUUUUAAUAGUGCAAAUUCCUAAUGUUAAGUUAAAUAUAUUGUUGUAAAUAUGUGAAAUACUGUCUUUCUCAUCUAGUAGCACUUUGCAUACAGUGUUCAACCUAAAUAUUACAAUUAGCUAAAUUCAAACUGAUACUUUUGCUUUGAAAUGAAGAGUGUUGGAUCUGACUGUUUACUCCUCCUGCAAUAAAAAUAUGUGAACAAAC